AUGUCUCGGCUAAUGUAUCUGUUCAUAUUCAUCUCUUUUCUACAUAAUAUUUCAGAAGGAAAUGUACGCUUUGUAUGUCCAGCCCCAACAAGCUCCAGAUCCGACUAUACAUCAGGAACUUGUGACCUCGAUGAUCAACUUUCUGGUUCAGAUAUUACACUUCUUCAUCCCGGAUUAUUCACCAUCAUCUUUGAAGAAACCAGCUUCCAGCCAAGCUCUCCAUUUCGUGUCAGUUUGCUGGAGAAGACCAGUGAAGUCAGCAACACUAGCAACCUGACCUUAACUUCAGUUUUUGUCAGUGAAAUAUGGAGAAGCUGUUUGCUUCUAGACCAUAUUCCCCACAAUAACCAUGCUGUGAUAACUCCAAAAUGCUACCAGAAGGGUAAUGAGUUUCCUCUUGGUGUUUGUAACGAAAGCACCUACCACAUAACAGUUAAAGUUCCUGACAUUGUUUGUGAGGACUGCGUUUUGAUGCUGCAGCAAGUUGUCACACCUCCAGACCUUCAAAUUUGUGACAUGACAAGUCAGAAUGGAACCAUCAAUGAUACCAGCUGCAUUACUUAUACAAGCUGUGCAAGAGUCAGACUCAGGCCAACAAUUCAGGGAUCCAGAAAAAACAUGAGUCAUUGUUCUCAUUACCUUGGAAACCUGCCAGGAGAUUGGCCAUACAGACCUGAAGACGUAUAUCAGACUGACCAUGAGGCCAUCUUAUCUUUUGAUCUACUUCAUAACGAUUUGAGUAUUGAAUUAUCCAGUGGCCUGAACUUAGGUCCAGUAGAGAGAGUAGAAAUUUAUCACAAUCUUACUCAGAUCUGGAAUGUGACAGUCACUACGAAGGAUAUUUUAAACAGUGCGGGUGCUGUAAAGGUCACGUGGAGAAACAUCUCAAAGAUAUACCAUAAUACUCUAAAGGAUGGAGAGCUCGUUUUGAAUAUUGUAGGAUCUGAAAAGUCUCAGGCAGCCAACAUAACAUACAGCACACAGCACUUCAGUGAAGGUAAGCUAGGUGCCUUCCACGAUCUGUAUUCUGAAACUGGUUGGUUGAUGUCUCACAAGUUUCUAAGUCCGCAUUCAGAGGAUCCGGCAGCUGUACAACCAUCGGGGCAGUGUGUGCCAGCAGCAAUUUACUAUAUGGCAUUACUGCAGUCAGUCCAUGUGACAUCUUAUGGUAUCCUGGGUAUGACAGUUCUAGAGAACAGAGCCUACAUUACUGCAGUUUUGCAUGUUGACCAGCAGAAUAUUCAGCUUAUACGGAUUAAAGGGCCAGAUUUAGUAGCUAUACCAAUGAUUGAGAUAAGAGUUCCUGAUUCUUUUGAUGGAGUUCUACAAGCUUCAUUUGACAUAACUGAGCAAAUUCCAUACAUAAACACAGUUCAGUUUCUCAAAGUUGUUGAAGUGGAAACUGAUAAAGAAGAUGCUGUUCUUGUUGGUGAUCUUGAAGAAGGAAUGUAUACAGUACUGAGAGAUGACACAGGAAAGAUUCAUGGCAUGGGAGCAUUUCAGUUUACCCGGGGGCAGUGGAUAAAGGUUCAGAUUGUGGUAAAUAAGCUGCUUCCUACAAUACAGUCUGCUUUUCUGCAUGGUCCAGAGAGAGAGCUUGCUGAUCUAAGUGAGGAAGCUGUUCGCUGCAGCAAAACCUUUUGUUGUCUGGAAGGCAUUGUCCAUGAAGUUAGCAGUGAACUUCUGUUACACCUGAUGAGAGGCCAUGUUAUUGCACAAGUGUCUGUGGCAGAAUCGACAGUGACCGGAGAGGUGCUUGUUUCUCCACUUCGUUACUGCCAUUUGAUGGAUGGAUCAUGUGGUGCCACAUUUCAUCAGUUUUCUUUGAAUGGCCUUGGGAUAGAAGAGCAUACAGGAAGUUACGAAGAAACAAACUCCAGUGUCUGGGCAUCCACAGAAGCUUAUGUGUUGGACAGAUCCAAUGUUUUGCAUUACUGUGUGCAGGUAGAUAAUCUGAACAUGAAUGGCAAGUUGUUUACUGCUGGCCUGGUGAAGGCAGGGAGGAAGAUUGACUCACUGCUGUUUCAGUCAUUGGAAGAAUUUAGUCCACAUUAUAUUGCCUGUAAUCACAUACCAUUAGCUGAUAACCAUCCAUUGGUGGACUCUCUGGCACACAAAUCUCCCAGCUGGUUACAUUUUGUGAUUAGUAAAGAUUCAGAGAAGUUCUCCUCUCAGGACCUGCCACUGAUUGUUAGAGGAGAGUGUAUCAUUAGUAAGAUUCAUGAAGUCGGCAAAAGCAAAGAUUACUGGUCUCAUAGCUCUGCACCUUUACCAGACAUAUAUGCAGUUGUCUCUGAUCAGCUGAGGUUCAGCUUUGGAACAAACACAUCUCUUUACCUGAUGGCCUCAAAG